AUGGUUCAAGUCGGAUUCCUUUCGAUCGCCGCUUUGGUAGCAUCUGCAGCUGCUGUCCCAGCGAAGCGUUCAUGCGAUAAGAUACAUGUCCGUCGUGAUUGGAACAGCCUUAAUGGAGACGAGAAAGCAAACUUCCUCGGGGCUAUUAAGUGUAUGAUGCAAAAACCAACGAUCUCGAUCAACGGUGUCGAUCAGGUUUCAAGAUUUGAAGACUACACUUACAUCCACCAAUAUCCUGGAUAUGCUAUUCACUGGGUCGCAAGAUUCUUGCCAUGGCACCGUUGGUUUGUCUAUGCAUACCACCAAGAAUUGCAAGAAUGUGGAUACGAAGGUGCUAUGCCCUACUGGGCUUGGGAACAAGAUUACCAAGACUUGAGUGCUUCUAAUAUCUGGAAUGCUGAUCCUGAGAUCGGUUUUGGUACUUAUGGAAAUUUUGAUUACAACAACGUCUAUAACGCAACUGUUGUCACUGAUGGCGCAUUCGCCAAUCAUGAUAUUAACUUUCCAUUCCCUCACAAACUCUCAAGGAACUUGCCAUCAAGUGCAAACCUUCCAUGGGAUGGACCUGGUCCAUACGCCCAGCGCGGUUACAACCCAGAAGCUAUGAAGAACUUGACUAAUAUCGCAACCUACAAAGAAUUCUCAGUCUUGCUUGAAUCACCAGAUCCAUUACACAACCCAAGUGGUAUUCCAGGUUCACAUGGAGCUAUCCACUUGUCGUUGAGUGCAGACAUGGCAUCAAAUCAUGGAAACAACUCGUCACCAAAUGAUCCAUUAUUCUAUAUGCACCACUCAAACAUAGACAGGAUUUGGAGUAGUUGGCAAGCACUCGACGAGAAGCACCUUUAUGACUAUGAAGGCAAUACGGACUUCUACUGGUCAACCGGUAUGAGAAGCGGUCUUCCUGCCUCUCUCGAUGAUCCACUCUUAUACGGUGAAGCUAAUGCAUUGGGAUCAGAAAACUUGAAGGUCAAGGACGUAAUGGAUACUACUGAAUGGCCGCUUUGUUAUACAUAUGAAGAUCUCGAGCCAUGGGUCUUUAGAGGAUAA